GGCCUGGCUCACAGUUGACAGUACAAUUCACCUGAAAAGUGUUCAGUGGGAUUCAAGACAGGAGUUUGAGCAGAACAGUCAAGUUCUUCCACACCAGACUCGGUGUCAAGAGAGCACCCGGAGACUUAAAAAUGUUUUGAUCACCAUAUAUUGGUUGGGCAGAAAGGCACAUGCUGAUCCUUUUUAUAAUGGACCUUACCUAAAACUAAAGGCUUUUGAAGGAUUGCUUGGCACAGCACUAUAUAAGGCACUCGAGAACUGCUCAUCACUGCAGGGCAGUGUGCAAAACAGCUCUUGUAGUGAUAGCUGGUACUCAGAGAAAGAGCUCUUCCCAUUACAGGCCGGACACAAGAGAGAAGACUCGCUAGACAGUCUCGACUCACUAGACUCCAGAACCCAUAGCACAUCCUCUGACGCUACGCUCAAAGGCAGCAGUGAGGGUUGUGGAAGUGACCCUGAAGCAGAGCUAAGCUUCAUGAUGUCAGUGAAUAAAGAAUAUCGCCGCUCGCUGGUCUUAACUCCCAAGACCACCACUGCGUUCAACCAAUUCCUGCCCACCAAGGACAAGCAGUCAGGCUAUGUUCCAGCACCCUUGCGCAAGAAACGUGCAGAGCGAAAUGACGACAACAGACGAAGCUGGGGAAGUCCUCUGUACACAGAUGAGGACGGCACUUUCACAAGACUGCAUCAGAACAUCUCUGGUAGUGAUGGGAGCAAAUCAGUGAGUGACAUCACAGAGGAUCAGAUGAACUUGAACUUGAGCAACUUGAGCAACUUGAGCAACUUGAGCAAGGAAGUCCGCUUUGAAGAACUGCAAAAGAUGCGCAUUCAGUUGAAGGAGAGUGAGGAUAAGUGGCAGGAUGAUCUUACAAGGUGGAAGAACAAACGCAGGAGUGUGAAUUCUGAUAUUGUGAAGAAAAAAGAGGAGAGAGAGCAGAUUGAGCAGAUCACUUCUAUCAGCGGCCCCAGGAAAUCAAAAACCUUCAAGGAGAUCCAGGAUAAGAGCUUUAACACAAGCGUCGAUGAUGUUUUUGAAGAACCUGUGCCCAGAACCAGAACUCUGCCACCACGUAGCUACACCAUUGACGUCCCUUACGCCCCUAUGGACAAACCUUCAGUACCCUCUGUGCCAUCUCUGAUGAAAGAGGAACCUGUCACUGGCACCCUGGCAUCAGACCAGACCGAUUUUCCAGCCAAAUGUGAUCGCUCCAGCCCAGAGAUCCCUCUUCAUAUGACAAACAACAUUCAACACAGCCAAACAACUACCCGAAGCCUUCUGGAUGAUCCCGUUCCAGCUAUUUCCAACAGCAACACCAGCCUCAAGCCCACCAGUAUCAGUAAACCAAACACCAGCAGCACCAUUCUGAACAGCUCUCAACAGUUGGAGACAAUUAGCACCACUAAGCCAGUUGAGAACUCCAGUGGCCCCAUUAGCUCUUUGUAUAAGCCCAGUUCAAUGGAGACAAAGCAGCCUGGGCUGGAUCGAGUUUCUGCCUCCCUCCCCAGGAGCUACCAGAGAUCAGAUAGCGCAAGGCUCACCUCUGUAAUCACACCCAGACCAUUCGGCACACAGUCCAACCGAAUCACCUCCUUUCCCAGAGCAUUCACGAUGGAUGACACUCAUAAGUGCAUGAAUGGAGAGACUGACAGCCUCAAGAAAACAAAGUUUCCCAACCGCUAUGCUCAGUAUGUGACGGACGAUGAUGAUUUCUCCCAGGGCAGCCCUCUGCAGAGCAGUAAUGAAGAAGAGGAGGAGACAUUACAAACCCCUUCUCCCGUCCCUCGAGUCAACAGGGUGUCUCCCCUGCCCAAAGCUCCAUCUGUGAUCAGCCCUGCUAAUGAGGUGAGUUACAGUGACAUGAGAAUCAGCCUGAACCAAAAAUCCAACAGCAGCCAAGACUUUGGCUUCCAGACUGACUGGGACUCUACAGGAGUCAGUAUCAAAUCUGUAGUGCCAGGAAGUCCAGCGGAGCUCGGUCAGGUGAAGGUUGGAGAUGAGAUCCUUACAGUGAAUGGACACAGUGUGGCACACAUGAGCUAUAUUGAGUGGAAGAACAGUAUGGAGGAGUCUUUGCAAAAGGGAAGUCUGCUCAUGGACAUACGCAGACAUGGCAGGAAUAACUGGGGCAGAGACCUACCUUCCCUUCCAUACACAAGCCUUAAGACCAUCAAUCUGACCAGUCUGGAUCCUCUAGGUUCAACUGAGUCAUACCUCAGCACCAUCCUGGAUAAGGACACCGCCGUGAAAGCCGUAAACGUCAGCUCUCAUCCUGGCAAUAAUUAUGGCUCGAAUGGGAUAAAUGGUGGUUUUGGCAAUGAAUGUGGGACCAUGAAUAAUAAAGAAUCUGAAUCCAUUUCUUUGAAAAACUUAAAAAGGAGAUCAGAGUUUUUUGAACAAGGUGGCUCUGAUACAGCAAUAUCAGAUCUGCCCAUGCCCUCCAUCUCUACAUCCUCAACCCACUGGUCCUGGGACCCAGAGGUAGAGCACAGACGACAGGAGAAAUGGCAGAAAGAGCAGGAGCGUUUGCUGCAGGAGAAGUACAAGAAGGACCAAGAAAAACUUGAUGAGGAGUGGAGAAAGGCCCAGCAGAACCUUUUGAAGGAGAGCUCCAGAAACCAUGAGGAUGAGUUGAGGUCUCUGGAGACGGACAGACACAGACCCUACAGACAGUCUACUCCUCCUUGGGAAGAACUUGAGACCUCCAGAUUGGCCCAGCAGGAGGAAGAGAGGAAGAAAAGACAGGAGGAAAUGCAGUGUUUAGAGGAAGAGAGAAGAAAAAGGGAGGAACAAGAGCACCUUGAGAAAGAGAGGAAGAAGAGAGAAGAGGAAGAGUGCCUCCGUCAGGAAAAAGAGAGGAGAAGAAGAGAUGAGGAGGAGAGGAAGCAACUGGAAGAGCAGAGGAGGCUUCAGGAGGAGAGAGAUAAGGUGGACGCCUAUGGCUAUACCAAUGUUUACCAUGACAUAUCCUACUCGCACAGGGCCAUGUCCAAAUCCACUCCAGAGCUUGAUGAGGUUACAAAACCAGAUAUUAAAGGUGUGUUUGGCAGGCACAGGGGUUUGGCUGGAUGGCUGCUGGAGGAGGAAAUGAGGCGAAAGAAAAACCCUAAGAUUCAGAGACAGCUGGCUGCAAGUGAGCUAGAGCUUGAGAGGAGGAGCAUCCUCAAUGCCAUGAAAUACAGAGACCCAGAGAGAGGUCCAGCAGCAAGCAGUGGUCUGGGUGAAGUUGGUAAGAAAGAGUCACUGUCUCAGGCUGAGGUGGAAAGGCAGCAGAUCCUUCAUGAGAUGAAGAAGAAGACUCCCUUGCAUACAGACAACAGCUGGAUUCGCCAGCAGAGCACUUCAAACAACACUGAGAGUGAACCUUUCAGCCUGCCUAUCAGGAGGGGCGAGUCUCUUGACAAACCUGAUAUGCCUCGUUCUUCCUGGAGGUCAUCAUGGAGCACAUCUGACAGCACCUCGUCUAUACCAGACUACAGCCGACCUCACUCGGCCCUCUCUGGCUCCUCGUCCAACCAUAGUGGGCGUCCAGGGUCUGCCACUCUGCAGGCAUCUCAAUCCAUGAGCUCCCUGAGACAGUCCUGGUCCCCAUCCUCCCCCACAUCAACUACUUCACCAGAGCCACAGCCUCGAGCUCCACCUCGGAAUAGGUCAGUGAGUGGCAGGAAAAUCUGUUCGUUCUGUAAUACACCACUGGGCAAGGGAGCGGCCAUGAUCAUCGAGUCCCUGGGACUCUGUUAUCAUUUGAGUUGUUUCAAGUGUAUUGACUGCAAUUCAGAUUUGGGAGGCUCAGAAGCUGGAGCAGAAGUCAGAAUACGAAAUCGACAGCUUUACUGUAACUCCUGCUAUAUGCGACUCAAAACUGGGCAGCCCACCACCAUGUGACCUUGCUGUAUUGCAGCAGAUUGAGGAGGAACCAAUCACAGACAAGUACCUGUAAACACUAAGGGUUUGCUGGAGAAGUGAUGAACAUUGAGUGGUUUAGCCAGCCUUGAUUAUUCAGUGAGCUUCUAUUCUUCCUUUUUUUUUUACUUAUUAGUCGGUGAGAUUCCUAAAGCUCUGUUUAUCUGAAAGUAUUAGCAAUUAUUUGUACAAAAGGGAUGUGCAUGUACCUGAAAAUUAACUAUGCUUUUGAAGAGAUACAUACACUGUCUUUUUCAUCAUUGAAAGAUUCUGAUGAUUUCUGGUUGGCUUAACUGACAUCUGUAUGGUCCUAAAAGUAUUUAUAUUAAAAUGAUAGAUAUUUGCUAUUGUAUUGCUAUUGCUUAUCUCCUGCUGUCUUUGCUAUAUAAGGGUUUGCUGACUAAAUAUCCUGUUAUACCACCUCAUCUGUGUGCCUUUUAUGUUUUAAAGAGGAAAGAUGAUUUAGGAGAAAUCCAUUACAAAUUGAUUUAAAAGUGGCAUGAUUAGUAAGCAGCACUCAUGACAUUAGUUAUAUACUCUUUCAUAUAUGGUUGAAUCUAUUUUAUGUAUCUGCAAGUCCUCUGCAGAGGAAAAAGAGAUGAAUGUGGACCUGAAGCAACUUAGCAAUAAUUGUAAAUAAAAUUACUAAGCAAUAAAUCUC